GCGCUGUCGUAAACCGGGACGACAACAAAACACAUGGACCGGAGUUAAACGUGUCGAUCAGCUGAACUCAUAUCCGUGGAUCGUCGUCAGCAUGGAAGCCAAACCCCAGAAACCGUUCUCCUCCAAAGGUGGGAGGAAGCCUUUGCACAAAGGAAAAGAUUCCUCAGGGACAAAGUUCGGAGGGAAGCCUGCUGGAAAGAAACCCUUUAAACCCUACAAGAACACGGAGAACAAGAGCAGACCUGGAAAAGCAAACGGUGGAGGGAGAAAAUCCGGUUUCUCUAAUGCUGGGAAAGGAGCGCCGGGGAAGAGGAAGCUGCCAGCAGGGGGCGGCGGUCCGCCGGCCAAAAAGAGAGGCGAGGAGAAGCCGAUGACGGACGAAGAGCUGAAGAAGAAGAGGCUGCAGAAGAAGAAGGAGCUGAAGGAGAGCAGGCAGCAGGCGGAGAGGAAGGAGAUGUUUGACAUCAUCCGCCAGUGCAAAGGAGUGUGGGGGAACCUCCGCAGGAAGAAAUGCGACGAGGAGCAGAGGAAGAAACUGAUGAAGCAGCUUCAUGUUCUCAUCCAGGGGAAGAUGAAACAGAUGGCGUUCGCUCAUGACUCUGUUCGGGUUCUUCAGUGCUUCAUCCAGUUUGGCAGUGAGCAGCAGCGACGGGAGGUGUUUGAGGAGCUGAAAGAAUCUCUGCUGGCGCUGUCCAAAUCGCCGUACGGGAAGCACGUGGUGAAGAAGCUGCUGAUGUACGGGAACAAGGAGCUGGUGGCCGCCGUCAUCGAGAUGUACAAAGGUAAAAUUCGCCAGAUGCUCCGCCACGCCGCCGCCUCCGCCAUCAUCGAGUACGCCUACAACGACAAAGCCAUGCUGGCUCAGAGGCUGAUGAUCACAGACGAGCUGUACGGAACCACCUACGCCAUCUGCAAGUCCUACGAACACAACACCAUCGAGAAGGUGGUGAAGGCCAACCCGGAGAAGCUGGAGAACAUAAUGGACGAGACCCGGCAGAUCAUCGUCCCGCUGUCGCAGAAAGAACAGGUCAUCAAACACUCUCUGGUCCAUAAAGUCUUCCUGGAUUUCUUCCUGUUCGCCUCCGACAAGCAGCGAUCGGAGAUGACCGAGUACAUCAGGGAGGCGGUGGUCUACAUGGCCCACACUCACGACGGCGCGCGGGUGGCCAUGCGCUGCCUGUGGCACGGCAACGCCAAGGACAGAAAAGUCAUCAUUAAGACCAUGAAGACCUACAUGGUGAAAUUCGCCACGGGGGAGUUCGGUCACAUGGUCCUGCUGGCCAUAUUCGACUGCGUGGACGACACCAAGCUGGUCCGCCAGGCGGUUCUGUCGGAGAUCCUGGCGGCGCUGCCUGAGGUCCUCGGGAACAAACACGGCAAGAAGGUCCUCCUGUACCUGCUGAGCCCCAGAGACCCCGCCCACAUGCUGCCGGAGAUCGCCAGGGAGCUGGAGCAGGGAGACGGGAACGCUCACAGUAAAAAGGACAUGGCGACCCGACGGAAGGAGCUGCUGGAGGCCGUCUCCCCCGCGCUGCUGGACUACCUCUGUGCCAACGCCGCAACCAUGGUGAAGGACAAGGCCACCAGCGUCACCAUCAGCGACAUUCUGGCGUCCGCCUGCGGGGACCUGCGGCCCGCCAUGACAGCCGUGGCCCAGCUGGCCAAUCAGGAGCUGGUGCCGGGAGGCGUGGAUGGAGAGCUCCACAUGGCAGAACACGCCGCAGGACACCUGGUGCUGAAGUGGCUCAUCGAGCAGGACGCCGUGUUGGCCGAGGCCGGCAGAGAGGCAGAGCGCUUCAGCAGGAUUCUGGUGGACACGGUGGGAACGGAGACCAUGAAGAGCUGGGCGAAGGUCAACAGAGGAGCCAUGGUGCUCUGCAGCCUCCUGAACAGCUGUGAUCGAUCGGUGGCAGCCGAGGUGAAGCAGGCGCUCCGCUCCAUCUCCACCGAGCUCCAAAGAACCAAGAACAACAAAGGAGCUGAAAUCCUGCUGGAAAACCUGAACAAAUAGACUUUUUUUUUUUUUUUUACUCCAAAUGGACCUCAGCUGUUCAGACUUCGCUUCCUUUUGGACCAGGAACCGGAGGACGUCAGACCGCUGACCUUCUGCUUCACUGAUUUCAGCCGAUUAAAGGACGAAGCGUUUAGAAUCCGGAUCAUGUGUUCAUCUCUGGACCGGCUCAGAACCAGACUGGACUGGAUCGUCGUUUCUAAGGAAACCUUUUGUUAAACCUUAAUAACUGAGAAGGAAAAAUAAAGUUUAUUGUGAUAACCUG